AUGAAGUAAGUAAAAAAGAAACAAAAAUAAAAAAGUUCUUUAGAUCAAAGAUUUAUUGAAUUUUAUAUUUAAGUCAGAAUCCUUAGCGAACACUAUUUUGUAACAUUUAAUAGCGCCAUAAUUAAUAUUGUAUUGAUAUUUUCCACCCUUUAAGAAUCUAGCUUUUUAUUAUUGAAUUAUCAAGACGAAUUUUUCAAAAAAGGAAUCAAUUUUUUUACUUUUAUUAGAGAAAUUUCUUUAGCGUCUCGAAUAAAAUUAAGUUCAAAUGAGGAAUUUAUAUAAUUGAGUUAUUUGAUACCCUUAUGUAUUACAUUACUUUAUCAGAUUAUACUGAUAUAUUUGUUUAUCAUUUAUUUAGGAAAAAACAAAAAACAGCAUAGAUUAAGUGAAUUUUUAAAAACUUAAUAUAGAUUAAUUUAAAUAGUUUUAAGAAUUUUCUCAUAUUUCCAUUCAUUGAUGUAUUAUAUUACAAUUAUUCCUAUGACAGAAUUAACAUUAAGUUCCUUAUUUUAUAAUACAAAAAGUUCAUCUAUUAAUAUGAUUAAUUUAUCAUUUUCAAUAAUGACACUUAUUUUGGUGAUUGGUAAUUAUUUGAUUUAAUUAUUUUGUAAUUUAGAAUCAAUCUCUAUUACUCCUCAAAAUUUAUAAUUAUUAUAAGUUACAUUUAGUAAUUAUUGGAAAUCCUUAUUGAAUUUAAUAAUUGUUGUUAUUGAUUAAAUGGAUAGUUCUAAUAUAACUAAAUUUUAUCUAAUUUUCAGCUUAAUAAUAGUCAAACAAUUAAGUAAUUUUUGGGCUUUGAUAUAAAGUUAUCCCAAUUUACAUCAUCGAUAAAAAAUUGAAGUAUAAUGCAAUUUUUUUUAAAUAACACUAGCCAUUAUAUUAUUCAUUAAUCAAGUUUCUAAAUAAGAAUAAGAUAAAUAUGAUGUGUUAUUAAUAUUAUUAAUUACACCAAUUUUAAAUGUAAUCAUUUAUAAUUAUCAAAUUAAAAUGCAUGAAUCUUUAAUGGUAACGAAUAGUUCUAAAAUUACAGCUGAUAUGUUAUAAUAUAAAAUUGGUAAUAUUAUUUAUGAAUAUGGUAAAUUAUAAUCAAAUUACUUGUAAGAUACUAAAAAAAUGACAUAUAUUCAUCAUUUUAAAUAAACUCAUUUAGAUGAAUGUGAAGAUUCUAAAUGUUUAUGUAAGAGAUAAAUAAUUUCAUUUGAAGAUUCAAUAGGAUUAUUUCUUAAAGAUUAAGUUAAGAAUUUUGAUGCAAUAAUUUCAAGAACAAAAGAUGAAUCUGCUCGUUAAUCAUAUUUCUUACAUUAUUUAUCUCUUAUUAAUUAUUUAGGAUUGAAUACAAAAGCUUUUUAAUAAUCAAAUUUUUUAGCUUAACUUGAUAGUGAAUAGAUUUAAUUUAGUUCAUCUGCUACUCAUGGUGUAAACUAUAAAUUUAAUUAUCAAAAAAGUGAUAGAAAAGAAUUAAAUAAUAGUUCUGAUGGUAAAAGUCAUUCUCUUUAGAAAUCUAAAAUAGGAGGUGAUAAAAAUGAAUAAAGUACUAUACAUAUAAGAUUAAAUAAUAUGGCAUUUAUUACAAAAUAAAAACUCAAUUUAAUUUAAGAAUAGAUUAAAUAAUCUAUGAGUAUGGGAUUUUCUAAGUAAUCUGCUUAAUUUUCUGAAAAUUUAGAACAUGCUGUUAAAUUAUUUCUCCAAUCUGAAGAUAAUAAUAAAAAAUUAAGAAAAAAAGUAGUUAAAAUGUUAAAUAGGAAAAGGGAAUUCUUCAAUAAUUUAAAUUAAUUGAGUAAUGAUGUUAUUAUUUUUUAAGCAGGUAAAAAAUUACUUAUUGAAAUGAAUGAACUUGAAGAAUAAUUAUACAAAUUAUAUGAUUAAUUUCCAAGUUAAAAAAUGUAAGCAUUAAAUACAUUUUAUUAAUCUGAAAUUAUGAAUAAUUAUUUUUCUGCUUAUAAAAUAGCAACCAUAGCAUCAAUUUCAGAUGAAAAAUUAUUAAAAAUGUAAUCUUAAACAAAUUUUGAUUUAUUUUCUAAUAAAAUUGAUUAUUUAAUUAUUGGAUUUGAUUAAUAAUCACAUAAAUUAUCAAUUAGAAGUGGUUCAAAUAUGAUUCACUAAUUUUUUGGUUUAUCAUAAGAUUAAUUUAAAAUGAUAUAUUAAAUCAAUUCAAUACUACCUUAAGGAUUUGAAAUAAUACAUGAAAAAUUAGUUGCUAAUUUUUUAUAACAUGGAGUAUCAAAAUAUUUCAGAUAAAUAAAUUUAAAUUUUUGUCAAUAUCAAUAAAGAUUUAUAAAAACAAUAGAUUUUUUCUAUGAUAUUAAUUUUAUGAAUUUAGAUGAUUUAACAUUUGCUUGUUUUCUUUAAAAUGUUGAAACUCAAAGUGCUUAUUUAUUUUCAUUAUCUAAUCAUAAAAUAUCUGGAAUUUCAAAAAACUUUAUCAAUAAAUUAGGUUAUAACAAUAAAUUGAAUAAAGAAUUAGCUUAAUCAUUUUAAAAAGUUCCAUUAAGUAAGGUUUUUCCUAAAAUAUCCUUAAUACUUGAAGCUAAUAUUACUAGAGCAUCUGAUAUUAAUUAAGAUAUAAUUGAUAUAACUUAAAUUAGUGAAUAUUCUUUGAAAAUGUAUAUUCCAUCAGCUUUGAUUUUGGGAAACAACUCAAAAAUAAAUUGGGAUAACUAAGAUCAUUUAAUUAGUUAUUCAGUGGAUUGCAUUUUACAUAUCAGAAAUUUUAAAAGUGAAUUGAAUUAUAUAAUAAUUGAGAUCAAAGAAAUAAAAAAAUAAUCUAAAUCAGAAAAUACAAUUCCUGAUCCAUAAAUGACAUUAGGAUAUAAUUCAAAUUAAGAUUUUGAAAGUUUGAAUGCUUUUGAUUUAGAAUAGGAUGAUACAGAAUUUGCAGUAAAUAUGCCUAAAGCAAUAGAACUUUAUGGAUUGGAAGAUUAAUCUGGAAAUCUUGAUAAUUUAGAUAAUUUAGAUUAAUUUGAAUAUCAUGUAAAUAAAUUAAGAGUUAAUGAAAAAAAUAUGAAUUAAUCUUAUUAAUAACCCUAUUAAAAUUAAUCUAUGAUGAGUCCUAAAGAUAGUGGAUUAAGAUUGAUAGAAAACAAAAAUCCUGAUUUUAAUGUAACAUCAAUAUAAAAAAAACAGUAUAUUAAUAAAUAAUAAUUCUUUAAAUCAGAUGAAUAAAUUGAAUAAGAAGAAUAGUUUUCAUCAUUUCAAUAAAGUAGUGAAAUUAAAAAAUAACAAAUGAUGGAUAAUUAAAUUGAUAAACUUUAAUAUGAUGAUAUAGAUUAGGAAUUAUAAGAAAAUAUUAGAAUGCAAAUGUAAAUGGAUUCAAAAGAAUAACGAGUUGUUCAUAUUGAUGAUAUUGGAUCAUAAGUUAGUUCAAUUGCAGGAUUUAAGAAAUCAAAAUACUCAAAAAAAUAUGAUUUAAUUGAAAAAUUAAUCAAUUCAACUAAAUUUUCCAAAAAAUUUAAAGCAAUGUUAGUAUUUUUAACAAUCAUGUUAAGUCUAUUUUUAGUUUAUAGUGGAAUUAUGCUCUAUUAUUCAAAUGAUGAUUUAAACAGAUUUUUAGAGGAGUUAGAUUUAAUUUAAAUAAAAUCUAAUAUUAUUGGACCAGUCAAUAAAUAUAUAGUUUCUUAGAAUGCAUUGACAACAUAUAUUAUACUUAUGUUAAUAAAUCCUAAUAUUACUAUGGCAAGUUAAAUAGAAAAAAUGCAGUAUUCAAUUAGAGAUAUAAAUUAUACAUACUUUGAACUCAAAGAUAGUUUUACAAAAUAAUUAUCAAAUCCUUAUUUGAAUCCUUUCUUUGAGAAUAAAUAUUUCAAUAUUACGGUUGGAAAAUAUCCAGAAACAAUGAAUUAUACAAUAUCAGCAAGAGAAUCCAUGUAUUUAUAUUUAGAGGCCUGCUAUAAUUUCAUAAAUAUUGAUUAUCUUAAUCUAAUUAAUUUAGAUUUAACUUAAGGGUUUUUAGUAUUUCUAUAUGCAAAUUAUUAAACAUUUGUAGAAUAAUUAUAAUUAUUAAAUGAAGAGAUGGUAAGUUAUUCAAUAACUAGAUCAGGUACUGUAUCUGAAAAAUGGAAUUACCUUUUGAUUCCAAUAGUAUUAGUUUGUUUGUUAUUAUUACUAAUAGUAUUCUCAUUUUAUAAAGCAUAUCUAAAUUAAUAUAAUAAUUUUCUUUAACUUUUUAACUUUAUUGACAUAGUAUGGUUGUAAAGAGAUAUAGAUAGAUAUAGAGGAAUAGCCUCUUUAUUAAUAAAAGAUUCUGAUGUUUUAUUUAAAUAUUAAUUUGAUAUUGAUAUAAAGGAAAAGUUCUUAGCAGCAGAAGAUAUAAGAAAAGAAAAAAUAGCCUAGAAUUAAAAAAAUAAUAGAUAAAAACAAAAAGGUUAAAUUACUAAUUUAAAUUAAAAGAUGUCAAUAUUGCCAUCAAUGUUUUUAUUUAUAUUUUUAUUUGGAAUUUGUUUUAUUUUUUGUUUUAUUACAAAUUCCUUAGGAAGAAAUUACUUUGAGAAGUAUCCAGAUACAACUAUUUUUUUUAACUCCUUAUCUAAUUUGUGUAUUGCUGUCAGUGGAGUUUUUUCGAUGAGAGAAGUUAUAUAUUAUUAAAAGUUUCCAUUAUAAACUAUCUUUUACUUUUUUCCAGAUAAAAAUGCCACAUUUUUUGUGCAAAAUUUUCAUGAUCAAAUAGAGAUCAUCAACAAUUUCUUAUCUCUUAUUGCUUAGAUGGAUACAUCUAAAUAUAUUACAUCUGAUGAUUUCAUUUCAGAAAUGAAUCUAAUGAUGAGCACAGAUGUAUGUUAAUUUUUACCAGAAGUAAGUUUUUUAUAUUAUUAUUACAAGAACAAAAUCGAGAUGGCUUAAAGUCAUUGUGAUGCUGUAUAUUAAGGAGUUGUGAGGAAAGGAUUCUAGGCUGCUGGUACAACUAUAAGAAACAGUUUACUAAAUGAAUAUGAUUAAACAAAUGGAUUUGCACUUAAAGUAUAUACAACAUAAGAAGAACUCGAGGCUGGUUUGAUAUUGUAUGAUACCAUAUCAGUUUUGAAACAGAAAUUUUAAAAUUAGUUGAAGAAUUCAACUGAUGAAUUGAUUUCUCAAAUAUUGGUAAAUUAUCAAUUAACUUUUUUAGAUAAUAAAUUUAAUAUUCAUCAUUUUGGUUGUGUUAAUCAUUGUAUUAGUUUUCACUAAAAUAUUGUCUUAUUUUAAAUGGGAAUUCAAUUUAAUGAAACGAUUUUUAUUGUUGCUUCCUCAAUAAUCAUUAUUUUUGGAUAAUUAAUUAGAUAGGACUAUUAGAUAAAUGGUUGUGAAGGAUGAUUUAACUUGA